AUGAGAUUUCACCUCUUUCUCUUCCAAUUAUUCUUUCCAAUCACUUUUGCCGGUCUUUCCGACGGAAUCGACUACAAUAAGCUCAUCAAAUGGGAGAAAAGAACUCUGAUUUGUCGGCAAGAUGAAUGCAAAUUAUCGAUAAAGGAUGGAGAAGCGAAGGAAACGACUUGCGAAGAGAGGAUUGAGAAAAGGCUACCAGAAACCCCAUUGAUCCACGAUUGUGAGAUCUCAUGUCCGGGUGCUGAUCGAGAUUCAGUUAUCUCGAAAACUCCAUCGAACAAUCACAAAUGUAUACGAUAUUAUUCUUAUGACACUCUACAAAUUGGAAACAAAUGGUCGAUUUGGCGAUCGGGCGUUUGCGCGAAUCAGACGAUCACCCUCGAAGUUCACUGUGGAUUUCCCGAAAAGGUGCCGGCUAGGCUCUCAAAU